AUGCCCUCCGAAGCUGAAAAAGAGCUAGCGCUCGCAGAGUAUUACGAGAAAAUUAGGAAUGCUCGAGUCAGAUUACAGACCGAGUUCGAUAAAAACGAACGCAAGGAAGUAGAUAUCAAGAAUUUCACCGCGCUGAGCGUCAUUGGUAGUGGAGGAUUCGGGUCAGUCUAUAAAGCUAGCACGAACGGCCAGGGUCCUUACGCAGUGAAAGUACAGAAGAAGUCUUUCAUCCGAAAGUACGGACUCCAAAAGGAGAUAAUCCUCGAGCGAAAAUUGAUGGCUUAUAUGGAUAGUCCGUUCGUAAUGGAACUAUUGUCUCACUUCAAAGACGCUGACAAUCUAUACUUGGUCAUGCCGCUCGCCCGCUACGGGGACCUCUAUAAAAUGCUGAAGAGAAGUGGUGCCGUCCCCGAAGCGCGAGCAGUCAAAAUCAUUAUUCAAGUGGUUCUGGCGCUCGAGUACUGUCACGCUUGCAGCCUCAUCCACCGUGACCUGAAACCGCACAACAUCUUGAUUUUCGAGAGGGGUCGCGUGAAAAUAUCUGAUUUCGGGUGUUGUGUACGCAGUGAUGGUCAAGUAUUCGGGAUGGCGGGCACGAGUCUCUAUCGAGCACCGGAGAUGUUGAAAGGAGAUUAUUAUACCGAAGCCGUCGAUUGGUGGUCUUUAGGCGUUAUUAUACAUCAAGUGCUCCUCUUGGAACUCCCUUUCUGUGGGAAGUACGACCCCAAACCUUUGGUGAUUUCGAGUAUACUGAACGCGUCGAUUCGGACCUUCAAAUCUCCGAACUAUAGCGAAACGGCGGAAAAUCUCGUCAGAUCUCUUCUCGAGAAGAAUCAAGCAAACCGUUUGGGAGCCAUAAAGCCCGGCGCUUCAUUUGUGAAGAACCAUGACUGGUUCAAAAACGUCGAUUGUACGAGCUGA